GUUGUGUGCGGUGUGUUUAGGAGCUUGAGGAGACAGAGAGAAGGCUGAAGGAGCAGGGUUCUGUACGUCCUCUAAGUGCAGAUGCUUGUGGCUGGAAUCGUAGGUCUGUGAACGACUGCCAUCCUAUCAUGAGCCCCUCGUGCCCGGGACUAAGUCCUGUCCACACACCAUCAGAACGAUCACCUGGACACAGUAUAGGUUUGCCCAGUCCUGUCCCUUCUAGUGCAUCCUCUCCAUGUCUUCAGCCUCCUCUUUAUCUGUGGGGUUCCACGUGGGGGGCUAGCAAACCUCGGGCGAGGCAAAGUCUGGUUCUGACAGCUGAUCAGCAGAAAGCAUUUUGCAGAAUUGGUGCUAUCACUCGCGGCUUCCUCACACGCAGACUGCUUAAAACGGAGAAAGUCAAACACCUCCGCCAAACCAUUAUGGAUACGCAGGAGUUCAUCCGUUCAUUUCAAACUGAAGCUCUACAGAAGAGAAGCGCCUACACAGCACAAGAUCUCGCCCUGCAGGAGAGAGUUAGAGCCCAGUUACGUGCAGCCCUGUAUGACAUCCAUGACAUCUUCUUUGAAAUGCCUUUGGAGGAUCGCUUAGCAUUACUGCAGCAGGACAGAGAGCUCCGUGUGGAGAGGAAGCUACGAGACAUGGAGAAAGCCAAGUGCCCCAAAGAGAGAGUGGCUCUUUCUGCUGCCACACAGAGGUCUCUGGACAGGAAAAAGAAGGUUGGUGAAUCUCCAGCACAGACUAGGAAGAUGCAGCAGAAGCCAAAAAGCCCCAUUACCAACAGAGUCUUGAAGCCAAGCCAAGGACAAAAUGCCUCUGUCCCAGGACAGCUUAACCGUCAGGGGAGCUGGUACAGAAAGACCCCAGAGGAGAGGGUGAAGCGCACAGAGAACCUGAAGAAGCAACACUCGCUGGGCUAAUUCAUGACACAACAUGCCCCGACCUGUGAACUUGAAUAUUUAGUAUUUUAAUACAAACCUUGUACCACUGAACUUUAGUCAGCGCUGCUAACCACAUGAUUGUCCUUCAGUUAGCUUUGGAAAUUCACAUGAAUGUAUUCACACACAAAAACAGCUGAUUGUUAUGAUGAAGAAAAGAAUAAGUAGCUGUAGUUAAAUGUAAGCCACAAGAAGCUCAAUUGAAAACACGUAAAAACAUUUCUGUGCCUGAGUACUCUGCCUUUGUUGUCUGUCAUGUUUUAGCAUGCAUAUAUUUAAUAUCAAGUGCUUAUAGCUGUAAGUUGCACACAGACAGUCACAUAAUGUAGUUGUUCUGAAAAUACAAUAUUUUAAUGUAUAUGAUUUAUUCCUUCAAGGGCUUUAAUUACCAGUUCGUGCAUUGUUUUGUUCUUUAUGCUGAGUGUACUAUAAAAUGUAUAGUACUCUGAGUCUGACUCUGAGUCGUAUCAGGGUGUUUUAGUAUUUGGUUUAAAUGCCUAAUGAAACGGAAAAAAGAUAAAUAUCUGUGUUUACACUCUGGCAUGCUGUUACAUUAAUGUAGCUUCACACGACCACAGAUGCACAGCCGGCAUUCAGUGUGGACUUUGUUUCAGAAAUGACUGAAGAAAAAUAAAUUUACAAGACCAAGAAACAAUAUAAGACAUUUUAAUGAAAUAGUAUUUCUGAAAUAUUGUGUGAACUGAUGCGUUCACUGCAGCACCACGCUGACUUCAUAUUUGUGCACUUGUAGCAUUCAGCAUUGAUGUUUUUCUCCCACAUUGCUGUGUGUGUCUUUUAAACGAUGAUUUAUUUCAUUUAAAAUGUCAGAUUGUCUUUUUUCUUCAAUGUCCAGAAUAAAAUCUGAAAUUAU